AUGUUCAUUAUCUAUCUAUCUAUAUAUAUUAUCUAUCUAUCUAUCUAUCUAUCUCAUCAAUUAUUAAUAUCUAUCUAUCUAUCUAUCUAUCUAUCUAUCUAUCUAUCUAUCUAUUCCUCUUCCUAUCUAUCUAUCUAUCUAUCUAUCUAUGUAAAAAAAACCUGUCUAUCAAUCUAUCUCCAAUUAUUGAUAUAUAUCUAUCUAUAUUCAAUUAUUAAUAUCUAUCUUCCCUAUCUAUCUAUCUAUCUAUCUAUCUAUCUAUCUAUCUAUCUAUCUAUUAUUACUUCAAUUAUUCAUAUCUAUCUAUCUAUCUAUCUCUAUCUAUCUAUCUAUCUAAAUAUCCCUGUUCCUAUCUUUUCUAUCUAUCUAUCUCCAAUUAUUAAUAUAUAUAUAUAUCUAUAUUCAAUUAUUAAUAUCUAUCUAUCUAUCUAUCUAUCUAUCUAUCUAUCUAUCUAUCUAUCUAUCUAUCUAUGUAUUCCUUCAAUUAUUCAUAUCUAUCUAUCUAUCUAUCUAUCUAUCUAUCUAUCUAUCUAUCUAUCUAUCACAGUCUCCCCAUAUGAACUUAUCAAGGAAGCAAGUAAAAAGAAUGUAGAUCUAUCUAUCUAUCUAUCUAUCUAUCUAUCUAUCUAUCUAUCUAUGUAUCUCAACAGUUUCAUGUGCGCCAUAUCUUGGCUUUUUUAUUCUGUCUUUCUAUUUGGGUCGAUGUGUUGCCUGCUUUCUUUUGAGCUAAGCUUCCUUCAUCAGGUCAAUAGUCUUUUGUCUGUUUCUUUCUUUCUUUUUUUCUUUCUUUCUUUUUUGUUUUUUCUUUCUUUCUUUUACUUUCUUUCUUUUUUCUUUUCUUUCUUUUUUCAUUUUUUUUCAUUUUUUCUUUCUUUUUUCAUUUUUUUAAUAUAUCUAUCUAUCUAUCUAUCUAUCUAUCUAUAUUUCUAUCUAUAA